AGAUGGACCAGAAACUGUCACAGUUGGUCGAAGAGCUUACGACCUCAGGAGAACCCCAACUGAAUCCCCAGAAAAUGAAGCAACUGAAGAAAAUGUGCAAGUCUUCAGAGGAGCAACUCAGCCAUGCCUAUCACCAGCUGAUGACACAGCUGAGCCAGGACCACGCCGAGAUCCGCCUCUCCGCCUUCCAGGUGGUGGACGAACUCUUCACCAGGUCUCACCAGUUCCGCAUGCUGCUGGUUUCUGACUUCCAGGAGUUCCUGGAGCUCACACUGGGCACAGAUCAUGAGCAGCCUCUACCACCCCCCAAGGAAGCAGCCCAGCGGCUGAAACAGGCGGCCAUGAAGGCCGUGGAAGGGUGGAACGAGAAGUUUGGGAAAGCCUAUAAGAAGUUAGCCCUAGGCUAUCACUUUUUAAGACACAUCAAAAAGGUGGAUUUUCAGGAUGUGGAUGCUAGGACUCUGGCCGAAAGAAAGAGAGAAGAGGAGAAGCAGAAGCACCUGGACAGAAUCUACAAAGAAAGAGCUGAGCAAGCUGAGAAGGAGAUGAAAGAAAUGUCUGAAGAGAUCAGGUGCUGCCUGACAGAAGUGGAGAACUGCUUUAGGUUGCUGGUUCCCCUGGACUUUGGCCCCUGCCCAGCGUCUGUAUUGCUUGACCAGGGAUCUGAAAGGACUGAGGAGAGUGCCCCUGGUUCCUUGAGGCCAGGCCGGGUAGCCCCUUGCCAGUCAGGCGACCCCAACUCUCAGGACGCUGAGCAGCCCUGCUGCAGCCGAGUUUUGCCUGCUUCUCUACACCCAGGAGCCACUAGCAGUGGGGAGGGGCUGCCCCAGACAGAGAUGGGGGCCCCUUCAGAAGACGAGGAUGAGGACACUGACUCGGAGGAGUUCCUGAGAAGCCAUGGGCUGGGUUCACACAAGUACACGCUGGCUGUGGAGCUCUCGUCUGAUGGCCUGAAGGUGCAGGAGAGUGAGGACAAUCUUGCUGUCCUCCAUGCUGCCCGGGAUGCCCUCAAGCUCAUCAGGAACAAGUUUCUGCCAGCUGUGUGCUCCUGGAUCCAGUUUACCCGUGCAGGGAUCCACAAUGAACAUUUGAAAUAUGCCAUUGAUCUGAAGAUGGAACUGGAGCUUGUUCUGAGGAAGUAUGAGGAGCUGCAUAUUGAGCUCGGACAGAAGGACAAGACAGAAAGCCUGGCGGACAGGGAGGACGAGGAUGAUGAAGACUUUGAGGAGGUUCCUGAGAAGGAGGGGUAUGAGCCCUACAUCCCUGACCAUUUGCGAGCUGAGUAUGGGCUGACACAGACUCUGGGGAGUGACAUGGCUGCAGCCACGGCCACUCGGGAUCUACAGGCGAGGACAAGGAGGACUGAAGAGGCGUCAGACCCCACCUCUGCUGCUGCCCAGACAGGACGGCUCCAGGACCGCCCAGCCUCUCCCCCUCCCGCCUUGCCCAGGGCACCGCCGGAACCAGAGGAGGCCCAGAAGCUGGCAGCAGAGCGGGCCCGGGCACCUGUUGUGCCCUUUGGAGUGGACCUGUGCUACUGGGGCCAGGAGCAGCCGAUGGCUGGGAAGAUUCUCAAGUCUGACUCUCAGCACCGCUUCUGGAAGCCCCACGAGGUGGAGGAGGAGACAGACAGUGCCGAUGUCUCUGGGAUGCUCCAGACCCGCUGUAUCACCUUCGCAGGGACAUUUGAGCCCGUGCAGCACCAGUGCCGGGCCCUGAGGCCUGAUGGCCGUCUCUGCGAGCGCCAGGACCGGCUAAAGUGCCCGUUCCAUGGGAAGAUCGUCCCCCGAGAUGACGCGGGGCAGCCUCUCGAUCCAGAGCACAGGGCCCGGGAGCAGAGGCAGCGGCGGCGGCAGCCAGUGCGGCCAGAUUGGCAGGACCCCGAGUUUUUGAAGGAUGUGGAGGCAGCUACAGGGGCAGAUCUUGGCUCAUCGAGGUACAGCAAGAAGGGCAAAGGGAAGAAGAAGAAACACCCGAACCUCACUGACCUGCGAGAGCGGGCCAACACUGCCCGAGCUCGCAUUGGGAAGAAGGUCUUUGCCAAGGCAGCUGUGCAGAGGGUAGCCGCUGCGAUGAACCAGAUGGACCAGAAGAAACACGAGAAGUUUGCAAACCAGUUUAACUAUGCGCUGAAGUAAAGGCCUGGGCCCUGUGUGCUGUGCUGCGUUGUGCCGUGCCGUGCUGCUGCCGGGGCUCUCCUCGAGGACAGGAACGCGGGCGCAGGCCCGGCAGAGCCGUGGCCUGUGUGUUCACAGGACGUCCAGAGGGGGGCCUUGGGAUGCCUUGCACGAAGGCUGGGAAUGUAGCUGGGUGGCAGGGUGCUUGCCCGGCGGGCAUGAGGACCCGGGUUCCAGCCCCAGCACCCUAGGGGCGGGGCGGCAUUGUGGCACAGACCUAGAAUCCCACAUUUCAUGGACAUGGCAACAGGAAAAGAGUGAGCUCCAGGCCAGUCUGUGCCUGUGAUCCCGCUUCUCCAGAGGCAGAGAUGGGAGGCCAUGGUUUGGGGUCGGCUGUGGCAUAAAGUUAGUAACACAGGUGUAGUGGUUCACACCAAGAAUCCCAACGAUACAAAGGCAUCAAUAGGAGGAUAGCAGUCCCAGGUGGGCCUGAACAGAAAGCGAACCAUCCUAUCUAAAAAUAACCUGGAGCAGAAAGGAGGGUGCUCAAGUGGUGGAGCCCCUGCUAGCCAAUGUGGGGCCUUCAGUUCAAACCCGCAUCACUCAAAACAGGGCCCUCCAGGGAUGGCCUCCCUACCCGGAGGCCUCCACCAUCUGGGGCAGGGCUGGCCUGUGCCCAGGGCGCAGAGCAGGUGUCUGUCCUCCCCAUAGUAGCCACCAGAGACCACUCAGACCACCUCAUACACCAGACGCUUCUUAUUUGGGUUGGUGGCUGGGAUGGGGCUUAAACUUGACCUGAUCUCUUGGUCCAGUUAUUUG